AUGCUCUCAUCCUUGUUGGAAGUGUCAGUGGGGGUGGGGGCUCUAGCAACUGUGGACUCCUGCAUAUCACUAAAUCCGCUCUGCUCAUCAUCACUUCCAACAGACUCAACAACCACAACAUUGAAUCAUGAGGCAGGGACAACACAGGGUGGCUCAGAACCCUUCUUGGGGGCAAAAGCCACAUCAACUUUGAUGCCACCAUUGCUCAAGAUACUGCUGUCAUCACUGCUACUUGGGGAACUCCCAUCGGAAGUUUAUUUAGCAGCCAAAUCAUUAUCCAUAGUUUCCAAGUGUUCUUCAGGUAGAGGGACUUCCCGAGUGGAUACCACUGCAGCAAUGACAUCCUUGCCUUGUUUUGCAAUUGUGUCCGUCAAAACUUGCUGCUGUUUCACCAAUGGUUCAAUUGUUGUGUUGAGGGUUGUGUUGAGGGAUGACAUCAUAGCUAAUUUCCAGUUGUUUCAUCUGAGCAUCAGUCCGACUCCUUUUCCUUGGCAGCAGCAAUGGCCUGGAGUUCUUUCUCUUUGUGAACCUGUUCAUCACGUGCUUGUGCCGAUUUCUCACGUUGCCAAUCCAGCUCUUGUUGACGAUGAAGAUACAACUGGAUAUGCUGCACAGAUUGAUGCACCCCACCAGAAUGUGUCAGUUGGGUCAUGA